GGCAAGAGGUGGUUGGGGGGACCAUGGCUGACGUUUUCCCGGCCAACGACUCCACGGCGUCUCAGGACGUGGCCAACCGCUUCGCCCGCAAAGGGGCGCUGAGACAGAAGAACGUGCACGAGGUGAAGGACCACAAAUUCAUCGCCCGCUUCUUCAAGCAGCCCACCUUCUGCAGCCACUGCACCGACUUCAUCUGGGGGUUUGGGAAACAAGGCUUCCAGUGCCAAGCCUCGGCAACAGCAUCAUUUCUGCCACAAAUCUUCCGGAAACUUGAGGCUGGGAGAAGAGACUUUUCCCUCGAUGCUCACAGCCUGUACCCGGAAGACUUGACUGUCCUUCAUGACCUUGAAAUGAUCAGUUUGUGACUGUUCACCAGACUACACUUGAAGCUGUUCAGAGUACCUGAGCCUUACUGAUCUUCAUAGAUACCAGGGUCUAGCACCAUGUCUGGGACGUAGCUGUUGCUCAAUAAAUACCGGUUGACCAGAA